UCUUUGUAUGACUUUCAAGAUGUCAAGUAGGACAAUGAUACUUGAGGUUUUAUUUACGGCAAUUAUCGCUCUCUGCCUACAAGGUUUUGCAGAUGCAUCCGAUUGCAAUAAUGAAGAGUUUGUUCAAAGGCUGAUACUGCUAGAGAAAAAGGUUAAUCAAGAGCUAUCUUUUACCAGACCAAAAGAAGAAUCUAUCGCUCAAAGGCGGCUGUCUCGACAAGUAAAGGUCUUGGAAUCUCGUGUCGCUGAAAUGGCACUUCAACAAAUCAGGUCCAAGCGAAAACAUGAAUUGUUGGAGACACGUAUUAAAGAGUUGGAGUCGCAAGUAUUGCAUAAUGAAAAACCUAUUGACAAACAGACAGAGAUUGAAAGAUUUGGAGGUGAUGAGCAAAUUGAGAAGUUAACAAUAAACAAUCAAGAACAUUAUAAUGACAGUCAGAACGAACAUAGUACACCAUUGGAAAAAGAAAGCAGUAAGAGAAAGAUGAAGCUAACUGCAGGUAAAUUGAUGAAUAUUAAAUAAUGAUUUGGAUAUCCU